GUACCGCUACUCCAACUUUCUCGUGACAAGAGUCUGUCUGACAGAGAUAUUUACAAGAUCGUGGCGGGAUGUUGGAUGCUUAUAUUUUCGGGAAAAAUACAUAAAUGGAUUGAUCUCUUGAUCACAAAUAUGAUCGUGUAACAUUGAUCAAGCGUUAAGUAUUUGAUUUUAUGUUAUCGUUGGAUAUACGGUACGUCUGACGUUAACAACGUUACCUCGUGUACUCGUGUGAUUUUGACUUUUGACAGCUGGACUGCCAAUAAAUUAUUUGUUCCUAAUUAAACGUCACACACGCGCAUGAUAAUCUAUGAAUUUAGGCGUAUUCAACAGGGUCAAUCUCAAGGAUUCUGGAGGUGGAAUGUAUUCCGAAUGGGCCUCUCUGAGUGCCUUAAUCCAGCAGGGCUCCGAGGAGAGCCAAAGUGUCCUCGAGAAAUUUUCACCGGGUGCUGGCCGUGAAGUUGCACUGUCUAUUGUCCGUCAACUUGCUGCCAAUCUUGGUAUCACUCAAGCAGCUGAGCCAAGUCCAUUAAACACGGAUCGAGAAGUCCAAUGGUGUAUGGAAGUUAUUUGUUUUGGACUUUCUUUACCAUUAGCUGAACAUGACACUGUUAGAGAUUGUGUCAACGUUUAUUGCGAAUGGUUAUCUGCGUUGUACUCUUCACCUAAGAUUUCUGUACCAAGACCUAUCGUGGAAGAUCCAAACUUUUAUGCAAGAAAAAUUAUCAGCCAUUUCCACAAUCUGUUCGUACCCAGAAAGGGUGAAGUCUGGCCAUUUUUGUAUCAGGACUUAGGAGCCGAUACAAUAAAUAGACAAGCCGUCCUUUGCCACAGAGUAUUAAGGACGCUACAACAAGUAGCACGUGGACCAGCAACAUUAGAAAGAGAGACAUGGGAGAGUUUGUUAUUAUUUUUAAUUGGCAUCAAUGACGCUCUCUUAGCUCCUCCAGCUGUAAGAGAAGAUGCUGGUGAACAAUUAUGCGAAAGAGUACUGGGUGUCUUAUUAGAGGUAUGGCUAGUCGCUUGCGAACGAAAUUUUCCAUCGCCUCCACUCUGGCGAACUCUUCGCGAAUCUUGUCUUCGUUGGCGUCACAGGUUGGCUCUGGUUGAACAAUGGAAUCGUGUAUGUCUAGCAUUAACAGCAAAGCUCUUACAAAUUAUGUAUGGACCAACAUUCCCCGAAUUGAAAAUCAGCGAGGAAGAUGCCCAGUUAGUACCACCCACGAUGUCGGAUGAGGCAGUUGCUCAGGCGUGGUAUAGAUUAUUACGUACUGUAGGUGAUCCGGUUGAUUUAUGCAGGCCGGCGGUCGUGUCACAGACACAGGCCUUUUUGCAGUAUGCGAUCGCCAGCCCCAACAUCAUGGACCCUUGUCAGCAUCCUUGUCUUCAAGGUCUACCACAAAUAUUUCUUAAGGCCAUUAAGGGUAUAGCAGGCCAGGUUGAUGCCUUCCUAGGGGUCUCGCAGGCAUGCUGUUGGGAGGAAUGUUGCGUUACUAGUGCCGCACCAGGAAGUGGGUUUGGUGGAAAUGUGGGUGUCGGGGUUGAGAAAUCCACUGGAAAGGAUCAGCCUCAACCCUUUCCUACCCCACCUACGCAGCGGAGACUCGCUAAGAGUUUCAGCGUCACGCCUUCCGCUGUCACCAAGGGAAUUCCAAAAGCUUCUCUCAUUAGUUUAACUACAAGUCGCAUUUCCAACAAUCCACCAAUAUCAACAACAAACUCUGGACCAUCAUCAACUUCGAGUACAACGUCUGUUACUUCCCUUGGUCAGGAUGUUAGACCACCCUUGGCGCCAGGAAGGCCAAAAUGCAAUAGCAUACUUCACCUUUUUGGUGAGUGGCUCUUUGAAGCCGUUUUCAUAGGUACUGAAGGAUGGUCUCAAAACUUACCACAACCCUCGGGGGCAUCCAAGAGACCAUCCUCGGUUUUGGUCGAUGGGCCAAGUUCCUUGCAAGAAACUGUCAGCGCAAUACCAGCAUCUCUUGGAAUAGAUCGGUACGAAUCCGGUCGAGCCGAAGCCAUGGGCGCACUUUGUCGAAUUUUCUGUGCAAAAAAAACUGGUGAGGAAAUACUUCCGGUAUAUCUUGCACGAUUCUAUCAAGCGAUGUUUCACGGCCUCAAAGUCAACGAGGCUAGAGAAUGCGGCGAGACACUUGCCAGCGUAUUAUUAAAUUCAGCUGACCUAUUUAGAUUGGAUCUCGAUGGGAUUCAAGUGUUAGUACCAGCUGUAAUAACAGCAUUGGAAGUUGUGCUUCCGGAUAAAGAUUUAAAAUUAAAAUCAAAUUCAGUCUCCAGAGUGGAAUUGAGAAGAGCAUCCAUACAUUUAUUAAUAUCCAUGCUGACAUUGCCACUACAUUUUCAGAAUCUCGUUAUCAAGGAACUGCCGGCAUUUUCUAUCUUGGGAAAUCAAGACAGGAAUCAAGUGACGUUUGCGCAAUUGAAGCCAAGACUCAUGAAUCUCCUCAUAAAUGCAUUACAAGUAGAAACCGAUCCACAAAAUACGCACAUGCUCUUAGGUGGAUUGUUACUGAGCGUCCAGGAUUCUGCAGCUGCAGAAGAAGUCGAUCAAGUGACUCAGCCGGAUGCUGUGGUUAGCGAUACAACGACAAAUUUAUUAUCAUCAGCCACCAGUGAUUCAGCCAGUCAAGUAAGCAUUUCCAGUGAUCUGCGUUCACUCGGCGAUUCCUCCGAUAUUGCAACUCUUCAAGAGGAGAGCAUUGCGUUUGACUCUGCUCACGCUCUUUUCGUCAGGGCAACGUACUUGGUCUGUCACAGAUUGAUAUCUUCGUGGAAGACGGAUUUAAAUGUCUCUCUAGCAGCAUUAGAGUUACUCUCGGGCCUGGCGAGAACUCAUAUUCGCGAAACUGCAAGGAAACUUACAGAUGCUUUAGAAUGCAAAAGGACAGUGAGAUGGCUCUGCGACUACAUAGCUUAUCAAUGUUGGCGACCACCGCCAGCUCAUUCGAAAGAUCUUCACUCCUCGAUCGUCGCCGCAUUUACCUGUCUGACUACCUGGUUGACUGCAGAUCCGCAAUUAUUGCAGGACAAGGAUUGCCUGAUGACUGUUCUCGAGGUAGUCGAACUGGGAGUUUCUGGUACCAAGAGUGUUGGUAAGCCUGGAGAACCGAUUAAGAUGAAGGACGAGAAGGAAUUGAAGCCAGCAUCAAUGAGAGUUAGGGAUGCCGCGGAUGCUCUGUUGACAAUAAUUCUCGAGCAGGUUGGAUAUUUUCCCAGUGUCUGCGGUGCUCAAUCGCUAUCGUCCUUAUUGGAUGAGGUCUCCCUUCUUCGGCACUGUAACAGCUGGAUGGGUGGUAGAGUGGUGCGUCAAGCGGCUGUAGAACGCUUUCGAUAUUUCGUUGCCGAAAAUGCUACGAUGUUGGCGUUGCUCGAGGAACCACUUGGUAACGAUCAGGAUCCACAACCAACUGUGACGGUAUUGAUUCGAGGUCCUUUCGGUAGACAUGCAUGGACGAUGCAACUUAGACAUCUGCCUAGACACAGAUCCAGUGUUAGAAGUAUCAACACGAAUCCUGGACGUCCUUUACCUCUGGCUGAAGCUGCUCCACGUACCGAUUAUAAGCCAAGAUUCUUUCCAGACAACGUUGAUAGAAUUCCGCAUUGUAAAGUAGACGAGUCUAUACCCACUCUGGAAGCUGUUAUGAAUGAUAAUGACGGAGUGAAGAAUGAGCAUCGACUUCUAUCACAACUACUUGAAAGGCAAAUAAAUUUAGAGCAAAAGUCUAGCGAGGAAGUUGAGAAUAGCAGCGAGGAGAAAAUUAACGAGUGUGUGCCGCCCCAGAUUUGCCACGAAUUUCAAACGGCUCGAUUAUUUUUGAGUCACUUUGGUUUUCUUAAUUUUGAGCCGAAGGAAAGUGGCGAGGAGUCAACCGGCAGUGGACUCAUUGCUCUGGAUCCGACUAUACCAGGAUUCUGUGCGGAUCUAGAGAAUCUCGAUCACACCAGUCCACGGACAUGCGACACCGUUCAUAUUUUUUACGUCAAGGCGGGGCAGAAAAAUGCCGAAGAAAUUCUUUCGAACGUGUUGCACGAAAGCAGUGUUUCGGACCACUUCCUGGAAUUUUUGAGUUCACUUGGUUGGCCAGUUUCUGUGUCGAGUCACGCUGGCUGGACGGGACACGUCUCGACGUCCUGGCGAGUGACGGUACCAGUAAAUGUACCACAACCAGCUCACAGUGAUCACGGCGGAGCCCUCUACAACGGCGACACUCACGUUCUCUAUUGGGCAGAUGUCAGUUCAGAGAUAGCCUUCGUUGUACCAACGCAUUCGAUGAACGCAAUCAGUGGCGAGUCAAACGACGAAACAAAUUACAAUGGCGAUUCAAGUAGCAACAGCCAAGGGUGGUUCGAACGAAGCAUCAGCGAAAGUGCAGGCAACCGGGCUUAUUCCAUUUCUCAAAACACCUCACAGAGUUCGAGGACCAUGUCGCUUGACCUCGAAAAGCAACCUUCGAGCUUAACAGGAUCAGGACCUCCCAGUGCUUCUAGUACGGAUCCAAUUCGACCGAGAAGAUCAGCAAAGCAUUCUCUACCGACACAAACCGAUACCAGAAUCCUUGUAGUAUGGCUAGAAAGUCUCGAAGAUCAUUUGCAAUUUCCAAUUGCUGAUCUUCUACCUUGUAUGCGUACGGGACUCGAAUACUCUCACGCUAUAAGAGCCUCAGAUGUACAAAUAAUAUUUGUACAAUCUCUCGCAAGUGGUCUGCUGAGAGUGAAGCUGCAAGGACCAGUAUCCCGGAUAAAUUUAGCAACUCCCUUGGUUGAUGGUAUGGUAGUAUCAAGGAGAGUAUUGGGGAAUUUAAUUAGACAAACUACUUUAAACAUGGGCCGCAGAAGGAGGCUGGAUAAUGACAGCUAUCAUCCACCACACGUUAGACGACGUUUAAAAAUUCAGGACAUGGUACAAAAGUACAAGAGGAAUCUCGAACAACCUGAAUUAUUGACAUUGUUAUUCAGUGAUCCACAGACCUAAGGAUUUCGGAUCUCUGACCGUUUAAUAAUUGUACUAUGGUAUUAUAGUAUAGCAUCCAGUACAUAAUUAGGACUGAUUCCACUCGAAGCUAUAUUAUACUCUUAAAUCAAACUCGCGAAUACAAACUAUUCCGAGUACAUUCCGGAAAAAUUGUAAUUAGCUUUGGAGAUAUGUAUACAUAUUAUAUCAUGCUGACCCACCUGUCAUGAGUUGCACU